AUGGCGAAGCUGGACCUGCGGCUACACAAGCUAGUCACGGAUGAGGCGCUGCAGAAGCUGCCAGAGUUUGAGCCACAACAGCUGGUGAACAUGAUGUGGUCCUAUGCCACCCUGCGGAGCGACGCGCCUUUGUCCGACAUGGCGGGGGCGCUGCGUGGCCGCAUCUCCUCCCUGGCUCCGCUGGGCCGCGCCAACCUUUGCUGGGCCGUGGCAAAGCUCCAGGUGCGAGAAGAGUGGCUGUUGCGCGAGCUAGUCCAGGAGUGCCAAAGUGCCAUUCCGGAAAUGAACGGCCAGAACUUAGCCAACACCAGCUGGGCCUUGGCCACACUUCGGGUCGCGGACGACCGCUUCUUUGAGUCUGUGGCAAAGGUUGUGGCUGCCCAGUGUGGCGAGUUUGCCCAGCAGAACAUCAGCAACACCGCCUGGGCAUUUGCAAAACUGCAGAUCAAAAGGCCCGACAUGAUGGCGGCCAUCUCACGAUGUGUGCAGCAGCGAGCUGUCGAGAUGCCGCCACAGGGCAUAGCCAAUACGGCAUGGUCCUUCGCCACGCUGAACAUCAGGGACGAUGGCCUGAUGUGGGGAGUCCAAGCUGCUCUGGUCGUGUUGUGCGUCGAAGUCUUCUGUCCGUUGCAGCACUUCAUGAUUCCGCUUGCUGCCUUAGCACAAGUUACUGUAGCCGCCAUGGCAGCAUUUCGGGCCGGCGAUGCCUUCAUGGAUGAUGUUCGUGCGGCCCAGACUCAGAUUCGCAGCUUGCUUGGAGCGGAUGAUGAUGUCAGUGGCAGUGAAUGGUUCGACGGUGGCAUGAGCGAGAGAACAGCCGCAUCACACUUCUCCCAGGCCGCCAGGCUUUCGAGUGGUGCUGGCAUCAUCGGCCGGGACGUUCCUGCCACUGUUGGAUCUCGAGUCGUCGUGCUGGAUCCAAGCUUGGACAAGCUCGUGGAGCCAACUGGAACGAUUGUGGAAGUGCGCUGUGAUGGUGGCCGAGUGAAAGUUCAACACGACAGUGUCGACAAAGCGGAAAGGUACUACAGCACAGGCAAAGAUGGCCACUUUCAGCUCGGCGGCCUGGACGACCAGAGGCCUCGCUUCUCGCUGCCGCCCCCUCCUUCCAAGGUCGAAGCGAGACCAGAGGCAUCGAGUGCCCUGCCCGCUGCAGCACAGCGGCGGCCGCGAUACUCGGAAGUCCGGAGGAGCAUGGGUGGUCCGAGACGGGUAGGGAAUUCUCAGACAGCAGACUCCAGCCACACCGCUGAUGCUGGCGUUGAUGAAACGGCUGCGCUGUCUAGGAGCAAUAGUGUGGCAAGUGUCCAGACAUUUCAGACAGCGCAGACGACCGCAGAAGCGGCGCAAGUUGCUUUCGACUCCUCGAGCCGUGCUUCCUCCCGGCCACGUUACUCGGAGCUUCGCAAGGCACGGGCAUCGGCUGUCCUUGCCGGACAGAGCGCUGAAGCCGUGGACCGAAUGGAGGCGUCCUGUGCCAGCUCUAUGAGCAACACAGGGCCAGUUGCUGACAUCUCGCCUCGACCGCGGCCUCUUAUCGGUGCGACAGCUGACGAGGCAGCCAGUGGGAAUCACAGCCUCCAGCCACAGGCCCGGAGGAGGUAUUCGGAGCAGCGCCGUGCCUCACGCAGCCCAGCAAGACCGGAUGUCAGACAGUGCGGAAUGGACGCCGAGGAGGGACCAGCAGAGGGGACGACAGCGGGUCGUUCAAGUUGUCCUCCCUCCAAUCCGGCUGGGCCAACAGCAGAAGAGUUCUCACAGCUCUGCCGGCGUUUGGAGACUCUCGAGCGUGAUACGGCUUCGCUUGCGAGCCAACUGCAGAGCUUCCGGGAAGAAAGCCUUACGGACAUGAACGGGUUGCGGGAUCAAGGCCGCCAACAGGCGGAGGCUUAUGAGCGACAUUGGCGUGAUGAGACGCGAAGGCACCUCGAGGCCUGUGAGGAGCACCUUAGACAGCGCUUCCGAGAAGAGAAUCGGCAGCAACUGGAAGCCACCGAGCACCGGAUCUUCAAAAAUGUGAUGCAGGAGUUUGAGGGCCAGCUCCGUGGGGCUGUGGCCAAGCUCUGUGCCUCGCCACAGUCCCCGCAGUCGCAGUUCGAAGCGGAGGAGCCGGAGCAGGAGUACGAGACGCCCGGCCCCGAGGAAACCAUCCGAGUUGAGAAGAAGGUCUUCGACAUCUCGCGGGCCGAGCUGGCUGACUCCGAGCUCAGCCUGCAGACUAUUGGCUCCAUCGCGCGACGAGUAUCGGCAUCUCUGGGAGGAGAGAGCAGAUCCGCGGCAAGUUCCAGCACACCCCAAAGAGACGCUGCCGAGAAGCGUGCUCUUCAGCAAAUGCACAGGCUUCCGUCGAGCCGGAACGACCGAAGCCCGCGGACCGAACCCAGCUUCGAGCAGUUGGAGCAGGAGAUGGAGAGGCUUGCAGAUAUGAGACGCUAUGCAUCACAAGUGCUGGGGGCGAAGUCGCAGGAGCUGGCAGGCUCUCGAGCGGCGCCAGGGUCAGCUUCGCAGCCCUUCGACGCGUGGCAAGCCGCAGAGGAGAGUCCCAGCCGGGAGAUCAAGGAGCCUGCGCGGCGCCGGACCAUGCCGGCCGCUGCUCCAUCUCCGACGUUUGGCCGCCCCGAAACUCCUGGGCGGACCACCAGCGCCGAGCGGUGGAAGCGCCGAUCUUCCGUUCAGCCCGAAGGGGCUCAGGCUCCCGCCUGCCCAUGGGAGGAGGAGCAGCAGCUCCCUGCCUCACGAGUUCAAUGGCCGGCUGAUUGGCAGGUGGACAGUCAAGGACGGCUGAUCUUUUAA